GAGACAGAAACCUGUAAUUACAGGACAUCAUAUAUUGACACUUAACUAAAAAGUGAAGUGAAUAAACAAACACUGGGAAACAAAAUAGAAGUAUAGUUUAACCAAUCGUUCUCCCACAACUGCAAGCGAUUAUGAGGAGCUGAUAUCACUUGAUGUCAGAAUUGGCUUCGGAAUCAGAUUAAGAGGUUCAAUGGACCAGAUAGCAGUGAUGAAAACAAAAAAAAUUAAGAAUAUUGAAGUAUAGUUUCCUCUGUUUUUGGUCAAUAAAAACUGCUGAAUCAUUUAAAUACAUUGUUUUUCUUAUAGUUUGUGUUUAAUUAUGACAUGUUAGGUAUGUGUAUAGUGUAUCUAAGAAUUUCUCAAGAUAAGGACACUUAAUAAAGCCAUUACCACAAAAACAUAGUGAUGCAGACCCAUCCAUAAUCCCAUUCUUCUAAUCACAUUAUAAAUUCUCAACUUCUCUUCAUCCUUUAAGCAUCCCCUUACAAAGAACCUUUGGGAAAGCAUUGUUCUUUUCUCUCUUUCUCUCUCUUUAAGAGUGUUUAAACCAUGGAGGCUACAUCUCCUACCAAGAAAAACAAUGAAAAGGCUUUGCCCCUUGAAUUGGAUACUGUCCAGCCCGUCUCGAGCCCUCUCCGUAAGAUGGUCGUUGUGGCGUCCAUUGCGGCCGGUGUUCAAUUUGGAUGGGCUCUACAGCUUUCCCUAUUGACCCCAUACGUGCAAACUCUGGGAGUUCCACACGUAUGGUCGUCGUUCAUUUGGCUAUGUGGUCCAAUUUCUGGACUACUAGUCCAGCCUAUAGUAGGUUACUAUAGUGACCGAAGCACUUCACGGUUUGGUCGCCGACGUCCUUUCAUCUUUGCUGGAGCUCUUGCUGUUGCUAUUGCUGUUUUCCUCAUUGGUUAUGCAGCUGAUCUCGGCCACUCCUUUGGUGAUGACUUGUCUAAGAAAACCCGGCCGCGGGCUGUUGCUAUCUUCGUCAUUGGAUUUUGGAUCCUUGACGUUGCCAAUAACACGCUCCAGGGACCGUGCCGUGCUUUCCUAGCUGACCUUGCAAACGGCGAUGAGAGAAAGACGAAAACAGCAAACAGUUUCUUCUCUUUCUUCAUGGCCGUCGGUAAUAUCCUUGGAUAUGGUGCCGGCUCCUUUAGCAAACUCCACAAAGUCUUCCCCUUCACUGACACCGUAGCAUGUAACGUCUUUUGUGCGAAUCUUAAAAGUUGCUUCUUUUUUGCCAUCCUUCUCUUAAUCGUCCUCUCAAGCGCAGCCCUCAUCUACGUCAAAGAGACACCAAAGACGAAGCUAGAGGUGGUCGACGACGACAAACAAGUUUCUUGUGCCGGAGAGUUGUUCCAUGCAUUGAAGGAUUUGAAGAGGCCAAUGUGGAUAUUGAUGGCAGUAACAGCCGUGAACUGGAUCGCGUGGUUCCCGUUUUUCUUGUUCGAUACCGAUUGGAUGGGCCGUGAGGUGUACGGAGGAGUUGCCGGAGAGAAAGCAUAUGACACUGGUGUGAGAGUUGGUUCUUUGGGACUUAUGCUUAAUGCUCUUGUUCUUGGGUUUAUGUCUUUAGCUGUGGAACCAUUGGGGAAAUUGGUUGGGGGAAUUAAGAGGCUUUGGGGGAUUGUUAAUUUUAUUUUGGCUAUUUGUUUGGCAAUGACUGUCGUCAUCUCGAAAGUGGCUGAGCAUGAGCGUCAGACGUCCGGUGGUGCCACCGUCGGACAUCCUUCCGAUGGUAUCAAGAUUAGCGCCAUGUUCUUCUUCGCGAUUCUUGGAAUUCCUAUGGCGAUUACUUUCAGUGUUCCAUUUGCUCUAGCAUCAAUAUAUAGCAGUGCCUCAGGGGCAGGACAAGGUUUAUCUAUAGGAGUAUUGAAUCUUGCAAUUGUGGUACCACAGAUGCUGGUGUCAACACUCAGUGGACCUUGGGAUGGUCUGUUUGGUGGUGGUAAUUUGCCGGCAUUCGUGGUGGGUGCGGUGGCUGCUGCAGUUAGUGCCGUAUUAGCAAUGGUCUUGCUGCCGUCAGUAAAACCAGAAGAUGAGGCCAAGGUUAAAGUUGCAGCAGGUGGUUUUCACUAAUUCACUCAACGCAAUAAGGGGACUUACAUAGGUUUCAUUUCAAUUUUUGCUUCCAUCAAUGUGUAAAAGAUCAAGAUUGUAGCAUUUUGAUUUGAAACUUAUGUGUAUUAGAUAUAUUUUUAGCAAGAACGAAUCAACGGCAUGGUGCGUACCGUGAUUUUUUGGUUAACCGUAAAGUGUGUCAAACCAAUCACAAAUAAAUAUUUAAUUAGUGCGACUACAAGAUUUUGGAAGAAAAUUGAUAAAGUGUGUCAUUCCGCUCCACUCCGCUCUGUACUGUUUAAUCAAUCCAAACAGAGCCUACGUCUAUUGAUUUUAAUGAAUUAGUGACAUGGUUAUACUUUUGUUGAA